AUGAAUUCAUCCUAAUAUGGUGCUUUUGGUAUGAGUGGUAAUAAUUUCAAUUAAGCAAAACCACCUGUCAAUAAUUACAAUUUUGAAAAUGUUAGAGUAUAUUCAUCAUUUUUAUGAGAAUAGGCAUAAUAACCUGCACCUGGUGGACCAUAACCUUCAAGAGGAAAACCUAUUGGUACAGCAGCCAGAUAACCUUAAGCAGAAGCUAGACCUAUGACAUCUAAUAGAGGAGCUAAUUUUGGGUAGAAGAAGGAUCCAUUCAAUUCCACUCAGAAUCAAUUAAAUUUGAAUAAACCAAAACUUGAAACUAAUCCUGAAGAAUAAUUUAAAUAAAUAGAAAAAGAAAUUAAUAAUCUUAUAGAACAAAGUGCCAUGGCUAAAUUAAGGGGAAAUUUAUCAGAAUGUUUAGAAAAAGCUAAAGAAGCAUUCAAUAAGGAAAAAAAAUUAAGAUAAUCUAAGGAAGCAUAAAAUUUAGCUGAAUCAAUUAAUACUGAUCUUAGCUAUUGUGCAGCUUUAACUUAAGCAUGUGCUUUACAUGCAAAUGGAUUACAUCAAGAUGCUUUAGCUAAAUAUUAAGAAAUUAUAAAAUGUAAAUAAUAUCCUCAAGCAGGCAGAUUAAGAGUAAAUAUGGGCAACAUCUAUUUUGAAUAAAAGAAGUAUCCUACUGCAAUAAAGAUGUAUAAGAUGGCAUUAGAUUUGAUUCCUGCUACUUCUAAAGAAAUGAGAUUCAAAAUAUAAAAAAAUAUAGGUCAUGCUUAAGUGAGACUUGGAAAAGAGAAAAUUAAUGAAGCUAUUACAACUUAUGAAUAAAUCCUUAAAAAUUCACCUGAUUUUCCAACAGGAUUUAAUUUAAUGAUUUGUUUAUAUUUAAGUGGAAAAAAGAAUAAAAUGAAAGAUUAUUUUGUUACUUUACUUACAAUAGAAAUACCAGGAGAGAAUGAAGAAGAGAAUAAUGAAAAUAAGGGUACUACAAUAACAGAUAAAUUAAGAGAAGAUACUAAAGAAAGAAGAAGAGAAGCUAUUUAUUAUAUUGUAACAUCUGCAAAAUUGAUUGCUCCUUUAAUUGAAGAUGAUAUUAUUGUAGGAUAUGAAUGGAUUUUAGAAUAGUUAAAGAAUUCAACAUUUCCAGAAGCUGAAACUGAAAUUGAAAUAUGUAAAGCAAUGGCAUUUUUGAAAAAAAAGAAUAUUGAAAAAUCUAUUGAAACUUUGAAAGGAUUUGAAAAGAAAGAUAAAUAAAUUAUGGCAAGAAUAGCUACAAAUAUCUCAUUUUUGUAUUUCUUAGAAAAUGAUUAUAAACAGGCUGAAAAAUAUGCAGAAAUUGCAAUUACAUAUGAUAGAUAUAAUGCUAAAGCUUUAGUAAAUAGAGGUAAUUGUCUUUAUGUUAAAAAUGAAUUCUUAAGAGCUAAAGAAUAAUAUUUAGAAGCUAUUGGUGUAGAAGCUGAUUGUAUUGAAGCACUCUACAAUUUGGCAUAUGUCAAUAGGAAAUUGAAUAUGUUUGUUGAAUCUCUAUAAGCAUUAGAUAAACUUUAAACUAUUGUUUGUAUUCCUGAAGUUUUAUUUCAAAUGGCUACAUUAUAUGAAAUGACUGGUAAUUCUAAAUAAGCUAUGAAAUGGUAUUUGGAAGUACUGAAUAAAGUACCAAAUGAUCCCAAUAUCUUGGCUAGACUUGGAUCCUUAUUUGCAAGGGUAUAGAAAAUAAUAAAUAAUUUAUUAGGAAGAUGAUGAACCUUAGGCUUUGCAUUAUUUCUAAGAAUCAUAUAGAAUUCUACCUACUAACAUAGAAACAAUUUCAUGGUUAGGAGUGUAUUAUGUGAAAUAGGAAAUGUAUGAAAAGGCUAGUUUAUAUUUCGAAAGAGCGGCAUAAGUUUAAUCAAGAGAUGUUAAAUGGAAAUUGAUGGUUGCAAGUUGUUAUAGAAGAAUGGGACAUUUCUAAAAAGCUUUAGGGAAUUACUAAAAGAUAUAUUCAGAUUAUCCUGAUAAUAUUGAAUGUAUUAAUUUAUAUUUAUUUAUUUAGGUCUCAGAUUUCUAGUUUAAUUAUGUAGAGAAAUGGGAUUACCUUAUGAAGAAUAUGCUGGAUAAUUAAGAAAAUUAGAGAGAGAAAUGGAAAUGAUGGAUGGAUAUUAAGGUUAAGAUAUUAAUUUAAUUAAUAAUGAAGAGGAAUAAGUUAGAUUACCAUAAGGAGAUGAUAAUCCUGUUAGUUUUACAAAUAAUACUAGGUAAUUAUUAGUUCAUAUUAUUAUUAUAGACGUGGGAAUAAACAACCACCUCCUAAAGCAAAUGUUAGAUAAAAUAUUGAUGAUGAAUAAUUCUAAGAUGGGGUAGAAGAUAACUUUUUACCUUGAAAUGAUAUAAAAUAUAAAUAUAUAAAUUAUGAACAUUUCAUAGUAAUAUGAAGAAUAAUANAUUAUAAACAGGCUGAAAAAUAUGCAGAAAUUGCAAUUACAUAUGAUAGAUAUAAUGCUAAAGCUUUAGUAAAUAGAGGUAAUUGUCUUUAUGUUAAAAAUGAAUUCUUAAGAGCUAAAGAAUAAUAUUUAGAAGCUAUUGGUGUAGAAGCUGAUUGUAUUGAAGCACUCUACAAUUUGGCAUAUGUCAAUAGGAAAUUGAAUAUGUUUGUUGAAUCUCUAUAAGCAUUAGAUAAACUUUAAACUAUUGUUUGUAUUCCUGAAGUUUUAUUUCAAAUGGCUACAUUAUAUGAAAUGACUGGUAAUUCUAAAUAAGCUAUGAAAUGGUAUUUGGAAGUACUGAAUAAAGUACCAAAUGAUCCCAAUAUCUUGGCUAGACUUGGAUCCUUAUUUGCAAGGGUAUAGAAAAUAAUAAAUAAUUUAUUAGGAAGAUGAUGAACCUUAGGCUUUGCAUUAUUUCUAAGAAUCAUAUAGAAUUCUACCUACUAACAUAGAAACAAUUUCAUGGUUAGGAGUGUAUUAUGUGAAAUAGGAAAUGUAUGAAAAGGCUAGUUUAUAUUUCGAAAGAGCGGCAUAAGUUUAAUCAAGAGAUGUUAAAUGGAAAUUGAUGGUUGCAAGUUGUUAUAGAAGAAUGGGACAUUUCUAAAAAGCUUUAGGGAAUUACUAAAAGAUAUAUUCAGAUUAUCCUGAUAAUAUUGAAUGUAUUAAUUUAUAUUUAUUUAUUUAGGUCUCAGAUUUCUAGUUUAAUUAUGUAGAGAAAUGGGAUUACCUUAUGAAGAAUAUGCUGGAUAAUUAAGAAAAUUAGAGAGAGAAAUGGAAAUGAUGGAUGGAUAUUAAGGUUAAGAUAUUAAUUUAAUUAAUAAUGAAGAGGAAUAAGUUAGAUUACCAUAAGGAGAUGAUAAUCCUGUUAGUUUUACAAAUAAUACUAGGUAAUUAUUAGUUCAUAUUAUUAUUAUAGACGUGGGAAUAAACAACCACCUCCUAAAGCAAAUGUUAGAUAAAAUAUUGAUGAUGAAUAAUUCUAAGAUGGGGUAGAAGAUAACUUUUUACCUUGA